AUGGAGAUAUUGCUCGAACUUAAUUUAAAACAGAAGCUGGCCACACGAUUGGGCAUUCUGCUGGCAGGAUUAAUCGUCUUUGGGCUCUUCUGCAGCGACAGCGCGUUGGCUAGCCUAACGCUGGGCGCCCUCUUGGCCCUAAUGCUGCGCAAUCCCACUAAUAUUUUUGCUUUCGUAAUGACCUGUCACAGGGAUAUCAUCGCAUUUCAACGCUUUGUUGCCCUUAACUUUUACCUGCUACGCAAGGAUCGCAAGGGAUGUACCGUGGCACAUUGCUUCCAGGAGCAGGCAUUCAAGCAUCCGGAAAAGAUAUGCUUUCUGAUGGGCGAUCGUCAGCUGAGCUUCGCGCAGGCUUUGCGACUUAGUGAGCAGGUGGCGGGCUACUUCCAGCAGCGCGGCCUGCAGCGCGGCGACUGCGUAGCGUUGCUGAUGGAGACCCGCGUGGAAUACCCGUGCAUCUGGCUGGGUCUCAGCCAGCUGGGCGUCGUCACGGCGCUGAUCAACUCGAAUCUGCGCGGCGACUCUCUGCUGCACUGCAUCCGCGUUUCCAAGGCCUGCGCCCUCAUCGUGGGCUGCGAGCUAAGUGACGUCCUGCAGUCGCUGCCCAUCUUGGAGCUGUCCAUCUAUCAGUACUCGGAUGUGGACCUGCCUGCCCUACUGCCAGGCGCAACUGACCUGAGAGGCGCCCUGACCGCACAGGAGCCGCUGCCUCUGAGUCGUAGCCCGCAGUGCAACGCCCGGGAUAAGCUGCUCUACGUCUACACGUCCGGCACCACGGGCCUACCCAAGGCGGCGGUCAUUACAAACCUGAGGUUUCUGUUAAUGUCGGCGGGCGCAUUUUAUAUGCUUCGGAUGAAUUCCGACGACGUGAUAUACAAUCCUCUACCACUCUACCACACUGCCGGCGGAAUCGUGGGCGUCGGUAAUGCCCUGCUUAAUGGCUGCACCGUGGUGCUGCGCAAGAAGUUCUCCGCCUCAAAUUUCUGGAGCGACUGCAGCCAGUACAACUGCACAGUCGCCCAGUACAUUGGCGAGCUCUGCCGCUACCUCCUCGCAACGCCCUACAAGCACGCCCCGCAGGAACCGCUGCACCAGCUGCGCCUCAUGUACGGAAACGGGCUGCGGCCACAGAUCUGGGCGCAGUUCGUCACUCGCUUCGGCAUCCCCCACAUCGGCGAGAUCUACGGCGCCACCGAGGGCAACUCCAACUUGAUCAACAUCACUAACCGCAUUGGUGCCAUCGGCUUUGUCCCCGUCUUCGGGCGCAGCCUCUAUCCAGUGCAAAUACUCCGCUGCGACGAGCUCACGGGCGAGCCGCUGCGAAACGCCAAAGGCCACUGCAUGCGCUGUACCCCCGGCGAGGUUGGUCUGCUGGUGGGCCAGGUUAACGCGCGGCGGGCGAUAAGCGCCUUCCACGGCUACGCGGACAAGACGGCCUCCGAGCAGAAGUUAUUGCGCGGAGUCUUCAAACCGGGCGAUUGCUACUUCAACUCGGGCGACAUGGUCGUCUGCGACAUACUGGGCUAUUUUUACUUCAAGGAUCGCACCGGCGAUACCUUUCGCUGGCGGGGCGAAAACGUGGCCACCCAAGAGGUGGAGGCUAUCAUCACCAACUGCAUCGGGCUCAGCGACUGCGUGGUCUACGGCGUGCAGAUACCGCAUGUGGAGGGCAAGGCCGGCAUGGCGGCGAUUGUGGAUCCGUUGAGAAAAGUCGACAUGGAAUACCUUUCCAUUGGAAUUCGAGGAAGCUUGCCGCCCUAUGCGCGGCCGCUAUUCAUUCGGCUCCUGGACGAAAUACCCCGCACGGCCACCUUCAAGCUCAAGAAGCGGGAGCUCGCACUGGAGGGCUACAACCCGGAGCUAAUUAGGGACCCCAUCUACUUUCUUAAUCGCGAUGGGAUCUACCGGCAGCUCAAUAGGGAGCAGUAUGCGUUGCUGCAGUCCGGCACUGCAGGGCUCUGAGGGGCUCCAGAAGGAGACGGAGCGCCGACUCGCUCACUUAGCCUUAAGCUUGUUCUAGCUCGCACGCACACCCACUCAUAUCUGUACAGGCAAACAGUUACUCGAAAAUGUAUUUUAACAUUUAAGGAAACGACUGAUGAAACCUUAGCCA